UUAUAUUUUACAAAUAGGUAUCGCUUCUUAGUGCCUGACGCCUGUUGGUCACGUCACUAAUCUCGAUAACAUAUUGUUGUGUAACUUGUGUAUUUGAAGUUAAUAUACAAUAAUCAUGUAUAUCGUGUCGAAUAUAGUAAAAGUUACUAUUCCUAACUAUUUGGCAAGUUUACCGAUCCCCGAUUCCGUUGGAGGUUGGUUUCGACUUGGUGUGCGUGAUUGGCUAGCAUUAAUUCCCCCAACUCUUGCUAUUGGUGGUAUUUCUUAUUACUCUUAUCAAACUAUUAAAAAGGCAAAUGAAGCUGGCAAUGGGCAAGUGAACCCAAGCAUCAGAAAGGAUAUAAAUAAAGUUGUAGAUUUCAUUGAUAUAGAGGAUAUUACAGAGAAGACUUCUUUGUGUAGAUGUUGGAGAAGCAAGAAUUGGCCGUACUGUGAUGGAGCUCAUGGUGCUCAUAACAAAGCUACUGGUGAUAACACAGGACCAGUGGUUGUAAGACAUAAGGAAAAUAAGUAAUUGAUGUAUAACAAAAGUAUGACAAAAAGAAGGAAAAAUGUGAUCAAAAGAGCACACUUGGAAUAUUUACUUUUUAUAACAGCAUUUAUUACAAAUUUAAUUUUUCAUAAACUAUUAUAUAUUUCAAUGUAGACAGAUCAAUAUUUUAAAAGUUUUGAAUAAACUGUGAAUUUUUAACAGCAUUAUCCACUUUUAUAAAAUUUGUCAAUCAUUUAUACUGCUAUUAACAUAACCAAGGUGUGUAUUUAGAAAAUAUAGGAAAAAUUAUGAUGAUACAUACUGACAGAAACAAUAAAACAAUGGACAAAUCCAAGUUGUUGUAAGACAAUAACUUUUAAAAAUUAAAUCAAAGUGGUAUUGUUAAUUAUUGCGUUUUUAAUUUUAAGGAUUAUUGUUACCAGUUUUAAAUGAACAAUCACAAUAAAAUUAUGAAUUUCUAUUGCUUACAA